GGCUUAGAAACCACGCGAACUGUUACAAACCACCAUCUUAACCACUAGAACAUCGUACGCGCAUUAUCAAAUUGUUAUACUCGGCACGCAAUACGUGUAUUUUGUCAGCAUAUGAGCGAUCAUUGGACGACAGGGAUUUAGUAAUACAGUCUUGGCCUCGGGAAUAGAGCUAUGGCAUCAUCGCCACAGAGAUGUCGAAUGAGGGGAAACAUCGGCGGAUGAAGGGCGACCUGACGCAUCAAACAGUAGGAAUCAUUUCUAAUCGCGUAGGCGUAUAUAACAGCAUCCAAUCUGCACAUGUUCCCGAUUCAUACUCAGACAACUUACUGCACAGCCAUUGAUUCAGCAAACCGCCAUUUUCCUCCACGAUUCUGCCCUUGCAACCUCUCGACAGUAUAGUCUCUACUUCAAUUGCGAACGGACCUAGCGAUCCAGCUACCACAAUGACGACCACCGCGUCCCUCCCCACGCCCGCACACCAACUCUGCAACCCAACGCCUAUUUCGAACAACACCACCUCUUCCGAUGUCAAUUAUCAAGGCCUACCCGUUCCUCGCGGCCCCGUCACAGCAUCGCUAUCUUUUUACAAAGCUCCAGAGGAUGGUGCGCCACCACACAACUACGUCGAGCCGCUUCCAGGCGUGCCACAACGGAAUUGGGGAGAUGCAUGGACCGAGGUCGAGCUCAACGACCUCCGAGGCCAAGAGCAUAAGUUCACGCUAGACAACAACGCCUUCGACACAUACCAGAACAUCAAGAGCGGGCUCGACAGGGAUGGGUUUGAAGACGACGACGCAAUAAAACGCGUGUAUUAUCCAGAGGUGGAGAAUCUACUCUUGAAGAACGUACAAGGCGCACAAAGAGUACUUCUCUUCGAUCACACAAUCCGCCGACCGACUGGCAACCGCAACCCCGUUCAACGCGUACAUAUCGACCAGACACCUUCCUCAGCCGCUGAACGAGUCAAGCUGCACUUGCCUGACGAAGCCGAGCAACUCCUACAAGGUCGUUACCGCAUCAUCAACGUUUGGCGUCCACUCAACGGACCUGUCAUGGGCAGCCCACUUGCAGUCGCCGAUAGUCAAACAGUGCGCGAUGGCGAUCUGGUACCCAUCGAGCAUCGCUAUCCCAAUCGCAACGGCCAGACCGCAGCUGUAGCAUAUAACCCAGGGCAGAAGUGGUACUAUUGGUCUGGCAUGAAGAACGAGGACCGUCUGCUUCUCAAAUGUUUUGACAGCGACGAGACCGUAGGCCAGUGGGGACGCGUACCACACACAGCUUUUACAGACCCUCGCACACCGGAGGGCGCGGUUGGCAGGGAGAGUAUUGAGGUUAGAGCGCUGGUAUUUGGAUGAGCGCACUAUAUUUUUCUUCCUUAGUCACGGUUUUUUAGCCCUUCAGUUUUAGCCUUGCUCGUUAGAUAUGUGUUUACGAGUUCAAUCUGUCUGUACUGUUCGGCAGACGUUCAAUGAUAAACCUCUUCUGCGCAG